AUGGCCUCGGAAAAUUCUACCGAGGCUGAGCAUCGCCUGUCUUUCGCCAAGAUAGCCGCAAUGGCUCCGCCAUCGAAACCAGAAGAGCUCGGGUCUGGCGAACGAAAUGAUGCACAGAACGCGGAAAGGCUUGCAUGUCCAGACAGUCUAGCGCGAGCUGUACAAGACGUCCAUAUAACAGACACUAGCGACAGACAGAGCCCCAGCUUUACUUCAGAAGUCGAUGAACACGGAGCUCUCAAACGCGAGGCGUCCUUUGACGAUGCUCGUACGCAUCUCUCAACGUCCUCAACGAAACAGACGAGUUUCGAUUCAAAGAGCAUGGCCUCAGUUACCACUUUCGCAAUGGAUGAAAAAGAUUCGUUGCGACCCGACGAUAGUGCCAGCGUACAGGCUGUUGAUGAGGAAGAGUCUCUUUCGGGGCCGGCAUCGGGAGCAGCGAACUCACUUACGGGAUCCGAAUCUGGUGUCCGCAUAUACAGGGAUCAUCCGCGAGACUUGAGUAGACAAAAGCCCCGGCCAGUUGUGCUUCCUGAUGGUGGCCAGCGACUGGAUGGGAUAAUUCGCCCGGACUCCGUCGCUAAUAGUUUUGUCCUGCCUAGUAGUACAGAAGGCUUCUCAGUUGAACACAGUUUGAAUGGUUUCCCUCUCGAGCCGGACGAAAAGCUGCUUGAGGCGAUGAAAUCUCCAAAGGACCGCCUACUGAUUCUUCAGCUGGAGGAGAAAGUCCGCAAUUUCAUUCAAAAUUCGAAGGAGCAAUCUCUGGAGCUCCCACCUUCAAAUGCCUUCGGAAGACUACUCGCGCACAAGUUGGGUGAUUAUUAUCAUUUGACCCAUUUCGUGGAUAACAACGUUACGUCUGUCCGUCUCCAUAGGACACCCUUUUGCCGGUUACCGACUCCGCUCUCCGUUUUACAUGCUGCCACUCAUAGCACCCCACCACCAGCAGUCCCAGCCAUGAAAAUCAUGCGCCGGAAUGACGGGGAUCGGCCUUCCACCGAAGGAAGCACUGCAGCAAGCUCUUCGGUGCCUUCGAAGACCGCAUCGGAGGUAGGCGACAGUGGCAACGACGGCGAACGUGGUUCUUCAGCCGGGGCCACCCCUGCCAAAGAUAGGAUGGCCUUAACGCGAGAAGAGCGAGAAGCUAAGUACCAGGAAGCAAGAGAGCGGAUUUUCCGCGAUUUCCCUGAGACGAAAUCCUCGGAUAUCAGUGACCAGGGGACGAGUAUGUCACGCUCGAGCUCAACAAGUGGACGCAAGAAAACACACCGACAGAAGACUCCACAUGACGACAGCUUUGAGGCCCGCUCUCAAUUCAACGCCUACUACCCGGGAAUGCACUAUAACAAUGGGACGGUUCCCUAUAAUGUGGCACUGAAUGAUUCUUCAUUUUCUAACCAAGCCCCAUAUAUGGUAGGGCCCGGAAUGUCUCCUCCGGGUUAUGCUCAGGGUGCUCCAAACAGUGCCAUGUACUCCAACCACGUCAAUCUGAAUCCCUUACCUCAAUACUCGAUACCCGUCUCUCCACAGAUGACAUCAACUGGUUCAUGGCAGAGCGGCGCUGUACCCCAGCAAUCUCCUUAUUCAGGAUACACAUCUAUGAAUCAAUCACCGGUAAUGGUCACCCAGCAAUCGUCGGCGAAGUCAUCGCCUGCGCUGAACAGCUACACCAUGCCACAAUAUGCACAGACGCAGUCGACUUGGUCAUCGUCCCCGUAUGCUGCGGGCUAUCAGCCUACACAUCGCACCCAUCCCACCGCUCAUUGGCCGAAUUAUCCCUCGCAGCCGCCUAAUCCGACUUCUUAUCCCUAUGCUCAAUAUACAGGGCAACAGUCACUAAACACAGCCAUGCAAGCUCAUCCAAACUCGCACCCUCUGCCAGGCAGUUUUGCAAGAUCCCCAUUCAAUCCACAGACACGCUCAUUUGUACCCGGUGGGACUUCUUUGGCUCGUCACCCGAGCAAGACCAACCAACACAAUAUGAACUCGUAUCCUCCCAUGCAGCCCGGUAUUCAGACUCAGUGGAAUGGAUAUCAAGACCCGAAUAACAAGGCUCAAGAGGGAAGUGCGAUGGCGCAAGGCGUGACGCGCGGUGGCCCUCCCGGUAGCAGAGAUUCCAUUGCAAAAUGGGGAACGCCUUCUCAUUUGCCUCCAAAACCACCACCGUCCGAGAUCCCCUCUGAUUUCGAGUUGAAGCAUCGAAUCACUCCUGCCCCAUCGCACUCCUACAAUUCCAACAUACUGACCAACUCCAAGAACGGGCCUCUUGUCGUUUCAGGAGGGACAAGUCUUCCCAAGAUGAACUGA